AUGCUUCUCCCUCCUGCCUCUCGGUCAACGUGCACUCGAGCGGUGCACCGAGUCUACUCUGCAAGUAGGUAUCCAUUGCGCUCCGUGCAUCACAUCUCCAGCACCCGUCACGCCACCAGUUUCUCUGGCCAGCAUACGUUUGAAAGCCUCCGACUUGACCCUAAUGUUCUCAAGGCUUUGAGGCUUGCGUUUCCGUCCAUUGAACGCCCCACACCGACGCAGCAUCAAUUUAUCCAGGCUAUAGUGGAGGGGAAAGAUAUCUUGCUCAAGGAUGACACGGGAACUGGGAAGUCCUUCGCACUCGCGUUAGCCGUGCUCAGCCAGACACUCCGUUUGCGGUUCGAGAGUGCCGUUGGGUCCCUGCUCCUUGUGCCGCACCGGGAUCUCGCCCUGCAGUACCUCCAUUGGAUCGAGCGGAUACACCACCACAUGGCGAGUGCUCCGCCUCUUCCCUCACUCGUCCAAGUGCUGCUACGAGACACCUUCACGGACCCCGAAGAAGUUAUCAUGCACCUCCGAGAUCAAACUCCGCGUAUCCUGAUCGCCACCCCGCAGUCACUGCACGGCAUCUUGGCCCGAGAUCCGAACGCACUCCCGCUGGACAGGCUUAACACCGUGGCCGUGGACGAAGCCGACGACCUCAUUCCGAUCGCCCCGACGUUGAAGGACGCCGGGAAGAUGAAGAAAACGCAACAGAAGAUCAAACGCCAUCCUGGGGUCACACGGCUUCUGCUGAACGGCCUCUACCUCGAGGAAAACGCUCAGAAGGCGGGCUCGCGACAGCCUGUGGAGCGGUCUCUUUCUGACCACGAUCCCAAGGCUGGACACCAUCCUCAGCUUAUAAUGCUGAGCGCGACGCUGCGUACGUCUUUUAGGCGGUUUCUGUCUUCUGAGAGUGGGUGGCUCCGCCGCGACGGCAGGAAGGUGGUAGCAAUUCAAGGCGACCCCUCAUCGAAAGGCUCAAAAGAGUCGAGCACUGGCAAACCUCAGGAUGAAGAGGACUCCGCAAACGCUCUUGGCGGACGCGAUAUCCAACACCAUGUGCUGGUCGUCACUAAAGACGGCGGUGUCCGAAACGUGCGGGCGACUGACCUCGACGCCAGCGUCGAAGAGAUUCAGGCGCGCAAAGCAUUCACCGACAACGGCACGCAGGUUUCUCCAUCGCCGGGACCGCCAAACGCCGUCGUUUCUGCCGCGACACAUGCUUCUGCACUCAAUCCCAUCAGCAUUGAAGCCAUCGCAGAGACGUUCGCGCUCGAGGCGUCGUCCGUGGCUCUGUUGGUGCUGCCAUCUGAUGCGCCGGUCACGCGCGCGGUCGAUGAGCUGCGAGAUCUGGGGGUCAACGCCCACGCGUUGGACGUGGUUCAAGAGGCCAAGGGAAGAUUGCAUCUGAUGCGCCGAGAGCUGGGGACGCGGGUGGACGACCCGACGCUGCUCGUGUCCACGCUAGCUUCGACGCGGGGAAUGGACCUUCCAGAACUGUCGCACGUCUUUCUGCUGGGCAUCCUUGACGCGGGCCGUGUGGACUCUUACAUCCACGUCGCGGGGCGCGUCGGGCGUUUCGGACGGGGCGGGAAGGUGAUCACGGUGCUGGAGGAGCGGCCAAGGGUGCGAGACAAGUCUGGGGAGCUGAAGGAGAUCAAUGGGCCGAAGCGGGUGCUUCACAUGUUGGGCAAGUUGCAGGUCGCGCCGGCGAAACUGAGCCACUUCGAGUAG